AUGAUGGGCCUCAAUGACAUCCGUGGUCUGGUGUCAUCUCUAUUCAUCAUGCUGAACAAGAAGACGCUUAUCCUGUUUCGCAUCGAGUUCCUGGUGGUAUUCGCCACAGUAUUGUUCCUUGCAAUGUUCAUUAUGGAUAUCUUUCGUCGUUACAUGCACAGUUCUGCUGCGAAAGCUAUCUUCAGCCUCUUAGAUGGGGUCUCGGACUCGAUUCUGAUCUACCUCUUGGGGGCCAUGCAAACUACACCUUUCAAGAACCAGCUAUUCCCAGUCUGGGCACUUGUACUUGUCAUCUUCCGUUACAGUGUUGACUUUAUCUCUGGUUAUGGUGUUCAUGACAAUGGUGGUCGACGGUUCACAGAGUGGAGGAAUGUGAUGAAACUUCUGGGAUCAGCCUUCUUGAAUUGGACACGAGGAUCCAGGUUUGCCGGUCCACUAUGGUCCCUUUGGGCUCUGCAGAUACUGAGGAGCUUUUACAGAUUCAAGACUCAUAAUCUGGCUUUGAAUUCUCCCUGGCAUGGCCGGAGUUCAGAGAUCAUUUCAGAACACAUGCGUGCUGAUAAUGACUUCAGCAAUUGGACUCCUGAGGAAUGCAACCCAGAGACUAUGGAAGGCUACAAAUACUUGGUCUAUGGAGAAAAGGUCAAAUUACAGAAACCCCGGUAUGUCGUGCGCAUCGACACUACCUCUACCUCCUCACAAAGAAAUGUCCAACAAGUCAGGCAGAUACCUGCUCAAGGAGAAGGCACUGCCCACUCCAAUGCGAUUACAAGGUCAUCACUAAUCACACUAGACAAGAUCUGGAGAUGCCGCAGGUACCUGCUAUCCCCUGGCCCUGGUUACAGCAACCUGGAGGACAGCAAUCAGGGAAUGGAACAAAAGGAUCUUUCUCUGGCCUUCGCCCUGUCCAGGUUGCUCCGUUGCAGGCUAGAAGGUGUACAACUGAAAAGAGUCAUCUAUCCCGCAAAUCGAAGGCUAGUCAGGAAGAGAAUCAUUGACAGGGAUGGCCCCAACGCCUUCAAGAUUUUGGAGACACAGCUGGCCUUUGUCAACGAUUAUUUCAACACACGCUAUCCUAUGGUCUUCUGGUUAGGGCUCUGUUCACUCUAUACUAAUCUUCUACUCUCUCUGAUGACCUCCAGUGUUGUCCUUUGGCUUUCUGUGGACAUCCGUAAGGUCUAUAAGCCCCCAAAAGAUGAACUUGCCCACACAGUGCAGGGGGUCAAUGUCGACAUGAUCAUCACAUGGGUUUUCAUGGCCUUUCUGAUAUUCAAAGAGAUUUGGGAGGUGGUCAUUUACUUACUCUCAGACUGGACAAGACUACUCCUGGUUUGCAAGUACACGAGGCGGUGUAGCGAGCGCCACAGGAAUCGCUUCAUGGAGAACCUAAUAUUAUCUUUUUUCACAUCUAGGAUUAUUGCUAAGAGGUGGCAUGGAUUCCUGGAUCAGUAUGUCUUCGUGCAGUCAUAUGACUACAUACCAACACAUUGGAACCGGAUUCACAAGGUGACCACUGGAGUCCUUCCAAAGAAGGACAAUGGGGAAAAGCUUGGCGAAGCCAUCGACAUUCCAGAUUGUGUCAGAUCUGAAAUCCUGGUGAAGAUCCGUGCAAUCCUGGACGUGAACAGAGAUUAUGAUGGGACCGGAAACACAGAUGAUCGUUAUCUGCCUCAGGUCAUCACAACACUUGCGGAUGAUAGAAUGGAGAGGUAUGGCUGGGCGUGCUUCCAACUGCAGACAAGCUCUCAAAUCAUUCUGGUUUGGCACAUUGCAACCAACUUCUGCCAGUUGGCACUUGCUGAGAAAAAUGGCUUUGACUUGAGCAAACCUGGGUUUCUGCCCUCCAUCUUGGGUUGCAUCACAAGUUGCUGCUCAUCAAAUGAAUAUGAGUCUAGUUUGACAGAAGAGCUCAAGGAAAAAUACCUCAUUGCAAAUAGGUUGUCCAGCUACUGUGGAUAUCUGCUUGUCUUAAAGCCUGACCUGAUUCCUGAUAGCUUUCUUGUGCCCAAGAUGGUCUUCCAAAAAGCCGUGAACGGUGCCCGUGACGGGACCCUAAAAGACUGUGAUUGUUUAGAGAAAAGGUACAGCAAAUUGAAGGAAGAAGCAAGGAUCCCUGCAGAAGACUACGACAAUGUGAAGCGGGGAGAAAAUGCUCUGAAACAAGGUGCAUUGUUGGGGAGGCAACUGAUUGAACAUGAGGGCGAAGAAGGCUGCUGGGACAUCCUGGCAGGGGUGUGGGCAGAGUUACUUAUACACAUUGCACCGACAUGGAAUGCAGAAGCACACAAGAAGUGCCUUCGGUCUGGAGGGGAGUUCAUAACCAACAUCUGGGCGUUGCUUUGGCACUGCGGCAUUGAGAAGAGCAGAUUAUGGCCAGUGGAUGAUGCCUCUGAAAACAAUGCUCCUGAAGAUCCUCAGAAUAAUGAUACUGGAAAUGGAGACAUCGACAGUGUGGAGGUGACGCAGCGAGCCGAUACCGAUAUCAGGAGCUCCCAGGUAGAAACUGAAGCUGAUGAAGAGCCUGAGGUUUUGGAAAUUGAAGAACCCGACGCAAGAAGCUUAGAGAUUAUUGGACCAAGGGGAGUGAAGAGUGGGAACUCAGAGAUUGAGGAGGUCUCUCAGGGCAAUACAGAGAAUGACUUGAAUGUUCAGACAGGCAUGGCUGCUGGCCAGGUAAACCCCUAUCAAGACCGAACUGAAGGUUGAGGACAUAUAGUUACAGAUCAUUGCUAAGACUAGUGUGAUACUAUGCAGCCAGAAGUCCUGAAAUGAUAUCUUUCAUAUUAUCUUUCACUUUGGGAUUCUGAAGUUCGUGCUUCCUAUGUAAUUGGUGAUGCUUUUUUUCCUAGAUGUUUUUAUCUUUUGUGAUAUUUUCUGGUCAACUCCCAUGUGGGAGAAUACUGUCUGGCAAGCUUUUGUGAUAUAUUCUCACUAUCAUGUAGAUUGUACUGUUACCAUGGUUUGUCCGUAACUUGUACUUUGGAAGGUGAAGUGAUUUCCAUAUACUUCUACUUUCUAUUGAGAAUUG